CUUCGACUAGUCACGGAAUGUGGUGCACGGUGCUAGAAAAUUCCUAACCUAUUUUCCAAAAUCAUAAACAAUGGAAAUCAAAAAUGCAAAUGUCGCUAUGCUGAGCAACUUCGAGGUCAUGUCUCACCUCCAAAAAAUUAAAGGACAACAAACUAAAUCACAACUAACAACAAUAACAUACCAGACAUCAAAGUAUUUAGAAACAUCUCCAUGUUCGACACAAACAGUAGCUGGUGUUGUUGGUAUAUUAAAAGCUCUGGAACCAUACAAUUUGAAUAAAAAGGAAAAGUUAAUUAUUAUUAACAAUCCACCUGCAACACCUCUUGAAAUACAAUUGAUGAUUGAAAAUAGUGAAGAAAGAUUGACAGAAACUCAAGUGGAAGAAAUUUUGAAUUUAAUUAAUAAGCACAUAGGUAAACCUGAGGUUCCUGCUGAACCAGAAGAAGAAGAGGAGGAGGAAGAAACUGAAGCUACAUGAAGAUUUAUUUA